UUCCCCGCGGCCCCGCCGUCAGCACCUGCUGGUGCCCCCCGACUUUCUGUCCGUCGCCGCUCCACUCGGGGACCCGCUGUCCCGCCCCCCAGGCCUUUCCUUUCCCUCACCCCUCAGCCUCCCUUUCAUUUCUCUCUCCAGCCCCCCUGGCUCUGCCCUUGCCCGCCCAGUCCCUCCGCAGACCCCCCGCUCUCUGCCUCUGUGUCGCUUGUCCCCACGUUCUCCCCGCCCCGGCCCUUGGGCGCCUCCCCCCUCCGGUUCGGGCGUCCAACCCGCUGGGCUCCCAGCCUCAGUUUCCUUCCCUUCCCGACUCCUUCCUCUGCCGGCGGCGCUUCCUGGGCGGAUGUGCGCCGGGCAGGAGAAGGCGGCGGGGGGCCGACAGGAUCCCAGGCGGCCGCAGCCAUGCGACGCGCGGCGCGAGGCCUCGGCUGGGCCUCCGGGGCACAGGAGCUCUGGAGCCCUAGGACCAUGGAUGCCCUCAAAAGCAGCCAGGUGGGUCCUGGAUGCAAGACGCAGGCAGUGGUGCAGAAAGGCCCCUUGGACCUGAUUGAGACAGGCAAAGGGCUGAAAGUGCAGACGGACAAACCCCAUCUGGUGAGCCUGGGCAGCGGACGGCUCAGCACGGCUAUCACCCUCCUGCCGCUGGAGGAAGGGCGGACUGUGAUUGGCUCGGCGGCCAGGGACAUCUCCCUGCAGGGCCCUGGCCUGGCUCCAGAACACUGCUACAUCGAGAACUUGCGGGGCACCCUCACCCUCUACCCCUGUGGCAAUGCCUGCACUAUUGACGGGCUCCCUGUCCGGCAGCCCACCCGGCUCACUCAGGGCUGCAUGUUGUGCCUGGGCCAGUCCACCUUCCUCCGCUUCAACCACCCGGCCGAAGCCAAGUGGAUGAAGAGCAUGAUUCCAGCAGGGGGCCGGGCCACUGGGCCCCCCUACAGCCCAGGGCCUGAAUCAGAAAGCCUGAUGAAUGGGAACCACGCCCCCCAGCCUGCUAGCGGCCCCUCGGCCUGCGCCAGCCACAGUUCCCUGGUGAGCUCCAUCGAGAAGGACCUGCAGGAAAUCAUGGACUCGCUGGUGCUGGAGGAGCCUGGGGUCGCUGGGAAGAAACCUGCUGCCACCUCCCCACUGUCGCCGAUGGCCAAUGGCGGGCGCUACCUGCUGUCUCCCCCAACCAGUCCUGGUGCCAUGUCUGUGGGCUCCAGCUAUGAGAACACCUCUCCCGCCUUCUCUCCUCUCUCCUCGCCAGCCAGCAGCGGAAGCUGUGCCAGCCACUCUCCCAGCGGGCAGGAACCAGGACCUUCCAUGCCCCCGCUGGUGCCUGCUCGUUCCUCCAGCUACCAUCUGGCCCUGCAGCCCCCACAGUCCCGCCAGAGCUGUGCCCGCUCCUCUGAGAGCCCCCGGCUGGGCAGGAAAGGGGGUCAUGAGAGGCCCCCCAGCCCUGGCCUCCGGGGUCUGCUAACUGACAGCCCUGCGGCCACUGUGUUGGCAGAGGCCCGCAGGGCCACUGAGAGCCCCCGGCUGGGCGGGCAGCUGCCUGUGGUGGCCAUCAGCCUGAGUGAAUACCCAGGGCCUGGAGCCCGCAGCCAACCCACCAGCAUUCCCAGCAGCCCCAAAUUCCAACCUCCUGUCCCUGCUCCCCGCAGCAAGGUGGGCACACUCCAGGACCGCCCUCCCAGCCCUUUCCGGGAGCCUCCAGGUGCUGAGCGGGUGUUGACAACCAGCCCCUCACGCCAACUGGUGGGCCGAACCUUUUCAGAUGGGUCAGCCACCCGCACCCUGCAGCCCCCUGAGAGUCCACGCUUGGGCCGGCGGGGCCUGGACAGUAUGCGAGAGCUGCCACCCCUGAGCCCGUCGCUGUCCCGACGUGCUCUCUCCCCGCUGCCAGCCCGGACCACCCCAGAUCCUAAGCUAACCAGAGAAGUGACUGAGAGUCCACGGCCCCGGCGCUGGGCAGCCCACGGCACUUCCCCAGAGGACUUCUCCCUGACGCUAGGGGCUCGAGGAGGCCGGAGGACACGGAGCCCCUCGCCCACACUGGGGGAGUCCCUGGCACCCCGCAAGGGCAGCUUCAGCGGCAGGCUAAGCCCAGCCUACAGUCUGGGCUCCCUCACUGCUGCUUCACCCCGCCAGAGUCCCCAUGCCCAAAGGAAGCUCUCCAGUGGGGACUUGCGGGUGCCCAUCACACGGGAGCGGAAAAACAGCAUCACGGAGAUCAGCGACAAUGAGGAUGACCUCCUGGAGUACCACCGGAGGCAGCGCCAGGAGCGGCUCCGGGAGCAGGAGAUGGAGAGGCUGGAACGCCAGCGCCUGGAGACCAUCCUGAACCUGUGUGCCGAGUACAGCCGGGCUGAUGGGGGCCCUGAGGCCGGGGAGCUGCCCAGCAUUGGGGAGGCCACGGCGGCAUUGGCGCUGGCCAGCCAGAGACCCUCCCGAGGCCUUGCUGGGGCCAUGGGGGCUGCUGGGCGGAGCAGUGAGGAGCCUGGAGGUGCCACCCAACGCCUGUGGGAGUGUGUGGAACGCUCAGAUGAGGAGAAUCUCAAGGAGGAGUGCAGUAGCACAGAGAGCACGCAUCAGGAGCACGAAGAUGCACCUGGCCCCAAGCUGCAGGGAGAACUGCUAGCCCUGGAGGAGGAGCGGACUCAGGUGCUGGGGCGCGUGGAGCAGCUCAAGGCCCGGGUGAAGGAGCUGGAGCAGCAGCUGCAGGAGUCAGCCCGAGAGGUUGAAAUGGAGCGAGCGCUGCUGCAGGGCGAGAGGGAGGCAGAGCGGGCGCUGCUGCAGAAGGAGCAGAAGGCGGUGGACCAGCUGCAGGAGAAGCUGGUGGCCCUGGAGACCAGUAUUCAGAAGGAGAGGGACAAGGAGAGGGCGGAGCUGGCCGCGGGACGGAGGCACCUGGAGGCCCGCCAGGCGCUCUACGCCGAGCUCCAGACGCAGCUCGAUAACUGCCCCGAGUCAGUGCGGGAACAGUUACAGGAGCAGCUGAGAAGGGAGGCAGAGGCGCUGGAGACUGAGACCAAGCUCUUUGAGGACGUGGAGUUCCAGCAGCUGGAGCGGGAGAGCCGCGUGGAGGAGGAGCGAGAGUUGGCUGGCCAGGGGCUGCUCCGGAGCAAGGCCGAGCUGCUCCGCUGCAUAGCGGCCAGAAAGGAGCGCCUGGCCGUCCUGGACAGUCAAGCUGGGCAAAUCCGGGCCCAGGCCGUGCAGGAAUCAGAGCGCCUGGCCCGGGACAAGAAUGCCUCCCUACAGCUGCUGCAGAAGGAGAAGGAGAAACUGACCAUGCUGGAAAGAAGAUACCACUCACUCACAGGGGGCAGGCCUUUCCCGAAGACCCCAUCGACCCUCAAAGAGAUGGAGAAGCUGCUGCUCCCUGCUGUAGACUUAGAGCAGUGGAACCAGGAACUGAUGGCCGGGCUGGGGACCGGCCCUGCCGCUUCCCCUCGCUCCUCCCCCCCGCCUCUGCCCGCCAAAGCUGCCCGCCAGCUGCAGGUUUACCGCUCCAAGAUGGAUGGCGAGGCCACCAGCCCCCUGCCCCAGACCCGCAGUGGCCUCCUCCCAUCCUCCUCUGGCUCCUCCUCCUCCUCCUCUCAGCUCAGCGUGGCCACCCUGGGCCGCAGCCCCUCCCCAAAGGGCACUCUCCUUACCCAGAAUGGCACAGGCAGCCUUCCUCGCAACCUGGCGGCCACACUGCAGGACAUCGAGGCCAAGCGCCAGCUGGCCUUGCAGCAGAAGGGACAGCAGGUGAUCGAGGAGCAGCGGCGGCGCCUGGCAGAGCUGAAGCAGAAGGCGGCUGCAGAGGCGCAGUGCCAGUGGGACGCGCUGCACGGGCCGGCGCCCUUCCCUGGGGGCCCCUCGGCCUUCCCUCCACUCCUGCACCACUCUAUCCUGCACCACCUGCCUGCUGGCCGGGAGCGCGGGGAGGAGGCGGAGCAUGCCUACGACACGCUGAGCCUGGAGAGCUCCGACAGCAUGGAGACCAGCAUCUCCACCGGGGCCGCCUCGGCCUGCUCUCCUGACACAUCCAGUGCGAGUGGUCUGGACGUGGGGAAGAUCGAGGAGAUGGAGAAGAUGCUGAAAGAGGCUCACGCAGAGAAGAGCCGGCUCAUGGAGUCCCGGGAACGGGAGGUGGAACUGCGGCGGCAGGCCCUGGAGGAGGAGCGGCGGAGGCGGGAGCAGGUGGAACGGAGGCUUCUGAGUGAGAGUGCCCGGAGGCAGCAGCUGGUGGAGAAGGAGGUCAAGAUGCGGGAGAAACAGUUUUCGCAGGCGCGACCCUUGACCCGCUACCUGCCGAUCCGGAAGGAAGACUUUGACCUGAAAACCCACAUCGAGUCAUCUGGCCAUGGCGUUGACACCUGCCUGCACGUGGUGCUCAGCAGCAAGGUCUGCCGUGGCUACUUGGUCAAGAUGGGCGGCAAGAUCAAAUCCUGGAAGAAGCGCUGGUUCGUCUUCGACCGGCUCAAGCGCACCCUUUCCUAUUACGUGGACAAACAUGAGACGAAGCUGAAGGGUGUCAUCUAUUUCCAGGCCAUCGAGGAGGUGUACUAUGACCACCUGCGCAGUGCGGCCAAGAGCCCGAACCCAGCCCUCACCUUCUGCGUGAAGACCCAUGACCGGUUGUACUACAUGGUGGCCCCAUCUGCCGAGGCCAUGCGCAUCUGGAUGGACGUCAUUGUCACGGGGGCGGAGGGCUACACUCAGUUCAUGAACUGACCACAUGGCCUCCUGGACCCUUGGGCCAGCCCCAGGCCCAGUCCCCGGCCACCUGCUCUGCUCGCUCUGGACACAGUGGCACGCGGUCCUUGUCCCAGGUUCACAGGAGCUGGGUGCGGCAGAGUGGGCAGGGAUCUUGUACAAGACGACCCUGAUGUCCUGUGAGGAGCUUGGCCCUAGGAGUGUCUGGGCUCUGGCCUCAGAGAACCAGCCAGGAGACACCAUGUGGGGAGGUGGUUUUGCCGCCUCCUGGGAGCCCCAAACCUGCAAUAACUCUUCAGGGUCUUGCCCCAGCUUGUCUUCUCUUUCCUAAAGGACAAAUUAUGGUACCAGAAUCUGCCAAAGAUCCCCUCUAGCCUCAGCGCCCUUUGAGGGCCUGGAGGGGCAGCACCGCACCCAGAGUGGGGUGACAGCUCGGGCGUGCACCCCCACGCCCUGCUCUGCCCACCAAGCUCCCCUCCUCGACACUUGGUAUUACUCUGCUCUCGAGUCAAAGACCUCAAGUGUCUGAGGUCGCAACCCAUCCCCUUGUCACAGACCCAUCACCAUGGUCUCCAUAGUAACUGCUUCAUUGCCAUGGUUACACACUUACGGCCUUGGCUCCAUGGCUCAGCCCACCACCUGGCUGUGGGCCACUCAAGGGUACGUGCCGUCAUCUCUCCAGCUGCGGCAGGCCGGAUUCCCUACCCCUGCCCGCACAGCCAGCCCUAGGCCGGCCCCUCCCUUCCACUCGUGCCUUCUUGGAGCCAGGAGGGAUGAAGCUGGGAUCCAGAGACCAGAGGACGGGAAGCUAGAGGGCCACUGUCGGUGUACACAGGGUUGUUUCUGACAGGGAAGGGAUGCUCAGGUGCUCGCAGAAGGAGGGCCUGAGAGGACCGGACCUGCCGAAGGGGGGACCUGGCUGUGGUGGCUGGAGGGUACUGGAAAUGGAGAGCGGAGGACCAGGCCCAGCUGUCUGGCCUCAGCCCUUCCUGCCUUAACACUAAGCCCACCUCCUGCCCUCCUUCCUGCCGUGGGGCCCACGGGUACCUGGGCUGGGCCAGGCUGGCAUUCUCAGUAUUUGUAAACAUUCAGCAGAACAAUAAAGCCUUUGGACUAUG